GGAUUAUUAAGCUAUUGUCUCCUUCAAAACGCUAAUUAAAGCAAUGUUGUCAUGUAUGCACCAACACGACUAGCAUGGAACUCAAUAAGAGUGGGCAGGCAAAGAAUACCUUGUAUCAAAAUGGCACAAUAGAUUGAUAGUUAUUGCAUCAUACAGAUGAAUGACACCAAAACCGAUGCAGAUCAUUCCAAUUGCCGCCUUGAUAGUAUCUAUCCAAGGAGGCUAUCUGACAGCACCUGGUGCUAUAUCUCAUGGAAUAUCAUUUGCUCCAGCAUAUGCUGCAGCACCGGCCUAUGCUCCAGCUGUAGUAAAAGCAGCUCCAGCUGUGGACUACGUCGCCUACCCUAAGUACGAGUUCAAAUAUGGCGUAGCAGAUGGACACACAGGAGACCAAAAAACCCAGAGCGAAAUACGUGACGGAGACGUUGUUAAAGGAUCCUAUUCUCUUGUAGAACCUGAUGGUACCAUCAGAACCGUAUCCUACACUGCCGACGAUCACAACGGGUUCAACGCUGUGGUGACACGUGCUGGUCACGCUUCUCAUCCAGCUACUCCCAUCGCAGUUGCCCAGAAGGUUAUAGCAGCACCAGCCUACGCUGCAGCACCGGUAGCCCUUGGCCAUGCCUAUGCCGCCAGUCCCUUGACGUACUACAAAGGCUAAACAAAACGCAAAUCAGUUCUAUAAUACGCCGCCUCAAGCCAGAAAUGUGCAAUAUUGAAAUAAUAUCUUCAUGGGAUAUUAUUUCAAUAUUGUGACUGAAAGGAAAAUAAAUCUUUGAUAUGGAAACUCAUAUUGAGGGAGAAUAUCAUGACUUCGAUUUCCAGAUUCGCAUUUCUGUUGCACUGCUUAAUUUUCACUCUUGAAUUUUAUCGGUGUAAGGUGUAUGUGAUAUUUGUCAAGCUGCAUCUACAACUUACUUAUUCUUUUACUCUGGUUUGAUGUGCAGUGCUUCUGACCGCUUUGCCAAAUGUUCUCUGGCUUUUAUGUUAUUGUAUAUAUUAUUUAUCAUUUUAUAUUAUCCCAUUAUUGUUCUCAUC